UGCGCACGCAUCUCACUGAACGAGACAGCAACAGAAGUGGAGCUUUUGUUGUUCCUUGAAACUGUGUUGGUAUACGACUUUAAGAACCACUAUGUAGGUAGAAUGACAUUUCAUCGAGUACCCUUUCAUCCCAAAUGAUAUUUCAGCUCCUUUUAAAUUGUGGUUUAGUCAAGUUUAUUAUCCGGAAAAAAGAAAAGCGUGAUGGACGGCAUCUCAAGUAGUGUCAGAAAACCAGCUGUGAGCGUGAACACUAGGGUGAAUUAUACAAAUUCAGGAAUAACGCCAUCAAACUUAAGUAUCUGUUAUACCGAUGAGAAUUUAAUUCUUCCAAGGAACCCAAAUGUCGCCAGUGUAGUUUUUCAUGGGAGUGUUGCAUAUACGGACACACGAGUGAAAGCGCAGGAUGUGUCAUAUACAUCGUGUGACGAAAGGCUGGAUUCUUCAUUGUUUUUGUCAUACUCACAGGCAAAUGGUGUGCCACAAGAGUCGAAGUUAGCCACAUACAUGAAUCGCCAAAGUGCAAGCACACCUACAAUUGCCACAGCCCAUGCCAUUACUAAAGGCUUAGCUGGACUUACGAUAGAGCAAACUGUCUCUACAAAGAAGGUAACUCCGCAGGCCCCAGAGUUCAUUCCUGCAGCCAGCACUGGAGGGACUGUUUCGCCGAAUUUCCUCCGUGCAUUUAGUAGUCCAGUAAACAAUUUCGUUCGGCGUACAAGUGUUGAAAGCCCAUUGCCACUAACUCCUCAUUUAACACCACAGCCAUCACCACCACUAAGCAACUGUUCACCUACAUCUAGUCUUGAGAAGACAUCAGUAACCCCAGUUUCUGCCUACCAGGAAAAUGUUGGAGGAACAACAUAUUUUUAUCCUGCAUCGGGUGGGGAAAACAGCAGCUUAAACAGCAGUGGUCUGAGUUUGAAUUCAAACACUUCAGUUUCUUCAGUGGUUCUGCCUAGUUUUCAUAUGUAUCCAGGGACUCCAACCCAUUUGCACCCUGUUCCACAAAGCAAGGCUGGUAGUGGAUAUUAUAUAGCAGAAGAACUGCGUCUAGAAGCCCUGCAUAGAAAUGCUCUUGUACUUUCUCAGCCUGAUCCAGACCAGUAUCCAGAUCUGCCCAAUGAGAUAGACAACUACCAUGAUCUCUGUCCUCUGCAAUCUGCGACUGGAAAUACUUUGCGAAAGUCUCAGCUAUUGGGCUACCCCAUAUCAACAUAUAAAGCCACAAACACAAAAACGGGUGUACGUUACUGUCUGAGAAGAGUGCAUGGAUUUCGACUGUUAAAUACGAAGAGCAUGGUGAUGAUUGAUAUGUGGAAAAGACUGCAACAUUCCAACAUUGUCCAGUUGAGGGAAGUGUUUACAACGAAAGCAUUUGGAGAUUAUUCAAUGAUAUUCGUUUAUGAUUACCAUCCUGGUGCAGAGACAAUGAUGGUAAAGCAUUUCACACAAGUGGAACCGGUGAAUGGUUACUGUGAUCCCUUCUCAGCAGACCCAUCAGCACCACGACCAUACAGUCAUCAGAAGAAUGCUUUAUUACGCCAACAACUUCCUGAAAAUGUAAUCUGGAAUUAUAUCAUGCAGUUAACAUCAGCUUUGAGAGUGAUACACUCUGCAGGACUGGCUUGUCGAACACUUGAUCCUACAAAGAUUUUGUUAACAGGCAGAUCAAGGCUUCGUCUUAGCUGUCUUGCCAUUGCUGAUGUAUUGUCAUUUGACCCUACAGCUACAAACCCACUGCAUCUCAUACCACAUUAUCAGCAAGAAGAUCUAACUGCCUUGGGAAAACUAGUGCUUGCACUGGGAUGCAGAUCUCUCAUGGCAAUACAACGAGAGAAUAUUCAGACAUCAUUGGAUCUUGUAACUCGUACCUAUUCAUCAGAUCUCCGUAAUCUCAUCAUGUACCUGCUGAGUAGCCAGCAGCAACAGCAGCAACCUCGGAACGUAACAGACUUGAUGCCAAUGAUUGGGGCACGUUUUUACACCCAACUAGAUGCGGCACAAAUGAGGGCAGAUAUACUGGAGAAUGAACUGGCAAAGGAGAUGGAAAAUGGCCGCUUGUGCCGGUUACUCGUCAAGUUGGGCACCGUAAAUGAACGUCCAGAGCUUAAUAUGGAUCCCACUUGGGCUGAAACAGGGGAUCGUUACAUGCUGAAGCUUUUCCGUGAUUACUUAUACCACCAAGUAACUGAAGAUGGACGUCCAUGGAUAGACAUGGCCCAUGUUGUCCAUUGUCUCAAUAAAUUGGAUGCUGGAGUCCAUGACAAGAUAUGCCUGAUGUCACGUGAUGAGCAGAGUGUACUAGUUGUCAGCUAUGCUGAGCUUAAGCAUUGCUUAGAGCAGUCAUUUGAUGAAAUUCUGGCAGCUGCUGCUACUGUUCCCACUUCAGCCACAGUUGCCACUGCUGCUAAACCAGAUCCAGUUUCAUAAAAGUAAAAAAAAAGUAAAAAAGAAACAUAUUCAGCAUAUCUCCUUUGAUCAGUUUUGUUUCAGUCCCCUUUCAGUGGUUCUGAAUGUAUUUAUGAGGAACUGCAACAUCACCAUUAUUAUUAUUUGAACCAGUAUAUUUAUAUCUUGUUGCAGGAAAAUGCCUAAAAUUCUGUGAAUUUUGACAGUUUAUAUCCUCUAUUGUUUUUCCUUUUUGACCCUUAACUUACAGUGCAACAGAACAUAGCAUUGGUCAAGAAUGCUCUUCAGUUUUUAUAAUUUUUUUUUGUGGAAGUUUAUGGCAAGAUUUUUAUUUAUGUAUUAUGAAAAAAAAUUAUUUUGGCAUUUUUACUUACAUUUUUUUAGUGAAAUCAUAGGACACAAAAUGCCCCAAAAUUAAAUUGGAGAGAUUGCCAGAAGCUUUGUCCUCACCAGUUUACUCAUUCAAACAUUGGAGGACAAAGUGACUGUGCAUUUAAUGGGCAAUUUAUGUAGCAAACAGGAACACAGUAUUUGUGUUUGAUUCUGAUAUUGAUGUACCUUGUUACAUUUUUUGUGUUAUUUUGAAAUUAGUUUCAGCCUAUGCACAAGAGUAGUAAUUAUGUGUCUCUUCUACAUGUAAAUUGUAUUGUGGCCAUGUUGUUCAGAUAGAAGUUCUGUUCCUGCCUUGCAUUAAAACUCUACAUGAACAAUCAUGUUCCAUAAUAAACAAUUUGGAAUGAUUUUCAGAAUAGUUUCAAAAGUUCUGAGUAAGAAAAAAUAUUAUUUUGCGUGUUUUUACAUCUUGAAGAAAAGUGAGAAAGGAGAAGUCUUCCGAGACAAAAAUACUUUGCUGUUAAUUACAUUCCCACAUAAUACGCCAGUGUUCAAUUUCUUCUUUAAAUUUUUAAGAGAGAAAGUUGUUCUGUCAUGCAUAUAUUCACUUCUUUGCCAACUGGUGUUCCCCUGUGAGUUUAUUUUUCUAAAUAUAUAUUUUUUUGUAAAUAGGGCCAGAAAAAGUGAUUGUAUACAUGACAGAGAAAAUUUGAAAACGAGAGCAAGUAACAGCUGAUUUUAUGUUACUUGAUCUGCCAGAAGUGCAAACCAGGGUGCAAGAGCGAUAUUGUGUGCUUUAUUUGAAUGCAGUGUUGAUGUUGUAAAUAUUUUAUUACAGGAAUGUAUGUGGUUUUGUACGAGUGUUUAAAAGUGUUUAAGAACACAGUGUAAAAAUAUGUUGUUCAGGAGGCUUAUUUUGAAGUCCUAUUGCAAUAAAGAAAAGGCUGUUUUGAGUAUAGUAAAGCUCCUGAAGCACAAGUUCUUGCAACCUUGACACGCACAAAAGAGAUCUGCAGUCUUUGAUUCCUUGUUGAGGUUUGCUUAUACUGAUUUGAAAUUUUCUUUGAAAUUUCAUACAUGAUCUGGAAUAAUAGUAUCAUGUGUCAAUAACUGCUGUAAUAUAUCUUAUAUUGUACAAGGAAACAUCAGUGUCCAAAAAUGUUUGCAGCUUAAAAGGAAAAUACAGCAAAAGGAGGAUAUGGUAGACUGUAGUUGUCUGAUCAGACAUUUUGUAGAAUUUAUUUAAAGCAGUAAUUUUGGCAUACAACAGUAAUUUAAAAACAAAAUAAAGGAAGGUUUCAGUUUUUUCUAUGUAUUCACAAGUCCAUCUCCAGGGCAAACAUGAGAAGGAAUGUGUUGAUGAAAAGAUAUUAUGUGCUUCAGGAUCAUGUGUAUCUUACAUUAAUUUUUCAAAUGAAAAAUGAACAUAAAAAUUGUAUAUAUAGCUGAUCUCUUUGCAUACAUAUCAUGAAUUUUCUCGUCAGUUCAUUCAUUUAUGAACAGUUGAUUUGAACUAAAAAAAAGUGAAAAGUAAAUGUGUUGUGUUGCAAUGUGACUGAUUGCUGCAGUAUUAUUGAGACUGUAAGUUCAGAGUUUAAAAGUUUAUGUUGCCUACAUUCAGUACUUGUUAUUAAACAAGCUGUGAGAGAUAUGUUCUGAUGAAAAAUGUUUGUCUACUUUUCAAACUCCUAAUCUGUACUUAAAAAUAAAGAAGAGAUUUUACAAAUAAAUACAUUAAAA